CUAGGCGUGAAGCGCAGUAGUGGUGGAGGUAACAUGGAGGGUGGCAGCCAGUCUUGUAGCGCUGGUGAGUCUAACAGUACUCUCCUCCACUACCAUAUCUCACGAACUAAAGUGUUAUACCGAGUGAUAACCUUCUUGAAGACGCCACUACCAUAGUACAAAAAUCUUGAAAACAGAAGCUACUACUCGGUGUUUCAAGGAACAACUCAGGAAGGCAAAACACGGGAUUCAUACAAAACAACUUGAAUAUUAAGAUUUAUAUUUUUUUUGUAUUUGUGGAUAAUUGAAACACGAUUGAGAUGCGAUUUGAGGCGGUGUUGUUGUUGAUGGUGAUGGUGAUGGUGUCUGCAGGUGACGCGCAGCACAACAGUGAAGCUGACGCGAGCAUUGGGAGGGGCUUUGCAGGAGGUGAGAGUGGAGGCGGCAUUGACCCGGCCAUGAUCUCCCAGUUGCGUCGCACAGUUCGUCAGAUCGUCUCAGAGAACACCCCGCUGAGACCUACCAACUCCUCCGGGGAAAGAACCAGAGACGUGUACGACUUCACCAGAUCCUUCCACGUAGGCACCAGUUGUCAUGACAUCCAGGCUACUCAAGGCGCCACCAAGACCGGCAUCUACCUCAUCCACCCGCCUAACCUUGUUCAGGGGCCCUGGAAGGUCUUCUGUGACCUGGAGAGUGAAGGUGGUGGCUGGACCGUCUUUCAGGUGAGAGACGACGUGGAGCCUCACGAGAACUUCAUGCGUGGCUGGGAGGACUACAAGGUCGGCUUUGGGGACUUCGACAGAGAGUUUUGGCUAGGUAAGUGUACACCCUCGCGUCUCGUUCAGUUGCCUUUGUUAGCUCAGUUUUCCCACCAUUGAGAUGUUGAGUUCUGACACAAGUGACGCAGCUGUUAACUGAUCCAGGUCACUUAACCGUGUGACUUGGAAGCGGUGGUGCGAGGCUGUGAACAAUGACACCCACAAUGAAGAUGGCUUUAAUGGGUUCUGUUUGAGAUAUCCCGUGACGUUGCAUGAGUAAUUAUGUAGAAAACAAUGAA